AUGUGGUUCCCAUUUGUAACUUCUGAGACUGAAAAGACCAUUGGUGUCGAGACUACGACACCUUCUGAUGAAAAAGAGGAAGAAGAGGAUGAUGAGGAGGAAGAGGAAGACAAGAUAGUCGAAAAAUCUUACAACAACCGCUUUCACAAACGGAACAAACGCUUUCCGACUCAGAUUGAUGGUGUUGACAAUACUUUCAUCGCAAUUGAACCAAAGUCAGGAAAAGAGGUCAUAUGGAAUGAGAGAAUGCUGCCAGAAAAGAAGAUGGAACGUGAUAAUAAGUUCAUAUCAGUUAUGAAGAAGUUAAAGAAACAUGCCCACCCAUUCCUUAUUCGGUUCCUGGAUGCCUGGAUAAUCAAAAAUGACACGGGACCAAGAAAGCUUGUUUUUAUAACUGAGCGCCUAGAUGAGGGCACAUUGAAGCAAUUCUUGUGCAAUUCCACCACACGAUCCAAGUUGUUAUGGCGGAGACACAUUGGUCAACUUUUGUCUGUGCUAAUAUUUCUUCAUCACCUUGGUGUGACUCACGGAAAUUUGAAGAAGGAAACAAUUUAUUACCAGAGUUCUGGAAGUGUGAAAGUCGGACCAUGUAUGAUCACAUUUUCUUUAAUUACUCCUAUCUUAGUUAUGCUUGAGGCAUUUUUUAGUCAAAAGUCGCCGUCUUCCGAUAUUUACGCUCUUGGCGUUUUGGCUCUCGAGGUAAUCAUUUUACUUUCUACAUUCUAA